UCUAAACGCCGCCCUGACAGAGGACGCGACGACUCGGUGCAGGCGAGGAACUUCGGAGAGGCGACUUCAGGCUGCGCCUCACAUGUCCCCGGCUACAGAAACAAGGAAUCCCCCGCUCGUGGAUAACACGCUCGAGCAACUGCGCAGCGCAAGAAUCUGAUGGAUCAUUUGAAUUGAGAGAUCUGCUCCUGGUAGAUGCGGUGCUGUGGGUAGUUAAGUGAAGGGUGUGAGUGCGUGCGUGUGAGUGUGCGUGCGUGUGAAUGCGCUCUCCUAGAAUAGAAAGGGAGAAGAGAGAAGAGAGGCGGGAUCGGAUUUGUGCCUAGUUGGAAAUCCAGGGGUGAAGCAGAUAGACCGUCUGGAGCGGAUCGAUCAGCAGCGCGCGCUCCCUUCGUGGAUCUGAUGGAUGUUUGAUCAGUGGAUGUGAUGCCCAUUUAUAUCAUCGACCGAAAAUUUCCCGACACAUCUGGUCAGUUGUUACAGCCGAUAGCUGAAGGAGGAGACCUGAGAAUGACAGAGACCAUCCCCCCCAAUUCGGCUAAGAAGCCACGCUGGACCUCCCUGGAGAUCGGGCUCACCACCAUCGUCUCCUUGCUCUUCAUCGUCAUCGUUGCCCUCAUCAUCCUGUUUGCCACACAGAAGACGGAUGAAAUCUGCACCACCGCCGACUGCACGCAGUCAGCCUCCCGUCUCAUCGAGAACAUGGACGCCACCGUGGACCCUUGUGACAACUUCUACCAGUACGCCUGCGGAGGCUGGCUCAAGAAGAACAUCAUCCCGGAGACCAGCUCGAGAUACAGCACCUUCGACAUCUUACGAGACGAGCUGGAGGUCAUCCUCAAAGGUGUCCUUGAAAAAACAGUGGAAGGGGAAGCCGUCGCUCUCUUCAAGGCGAAGACUCUUUACAAGUCCUGCACUAAUGAGAGUUUGAUUGAGCUCAGAGGAGGCAGCCCAUUGCUCGACAUGCUGCCCGAUGUGUCUGAGUGGCCCAUGGCUGUGGACAACUGGGAAACCAACCACGGUAAAACAUGGCGGAUGGAAGACGUCAUCGCCAAGCUGAACGAGAAAUACGGAACUCAACUCUUGGUUAACUUUUUCGUCGGCACCGAUGACAGGGACUCCAGUUCCCACAUCAUUCAUUUCGACCAGCAGACAAGUCUCGGCCUCUUGUCCAAAGAUUACUACACGUGUACGGGACCCUAUGCAGAGGCAUGUCGGGCCUAUGAGCAGUUCAUGAUUGACCUGGUGAAGCUGAUCCGCACCGACCGGCAUCUCGCCAUCAACGAAACCAGCAUCAGGGAGGAGGUGACGCGGAUCAUAGACCUGGAGAGAGACAUCGCAAAUUCGACUGAUUCUCCAGAGGACCGGAACAACCCAGUGUUGCUGUACAACAAGAUGAACCUGGGCGAUCUCAAUGCCAACUUCACCCUUGAGGUUGAUUCACAGGUAUUUGACUGGAGUUACUUCACGGCUAAGCUAAUGGCCACAGUCAACAUCAGCGUUCCUGAUACCGAGAAGGUCAUAAACUACUCACCAAACUAUUACAGAAGACUCAACCUUGUCUUGGCCAGAUAUAACAAGAGGGACCUUCAGAACUACAUGGUGUGGCGCUUCGCUAUGAACAUGGUGGUUGGCCUGAGCAGAAGUUACAGGGACACAAGGAAAGCCUUCCGCAAGGCUCUGUCUGGCACGACGUCAGAGGCAGCCGUGUGGCGACAGUGUGCACUUUACGUCAACAACAACAUGGACAACGCUGUCGGACGCCUUUAUGUGCAAGAGGCUUUCUCAGAAAAGAGCAAAGAACUGAUGGAAGAGAUGAUCAAAGACAUUCGGGAAGUGUUCAUCAGUAACCUCGAUGACCUCACCUGGAUGGAUGCAGAGACUAAGAAAGCAGCGGAGGAAAAGGCCCGAGCCAUUCGGGAGCGGAUCGGCUACUCCGACAACAUCAUGGAUGACAAAUACCUGAACAAUGAGUACAAAGAUCUGAGCUACAACGCAGAGGAGUACUUUGAAAACAUCCUACAGAACCUGGAGUAUGUGCAGAAGAAGCGCCUGCGGAAACUCCGGGUCAAAGUCAACAAAGAGGAGUGGGUCACCGGGGCUGCUGUCGUCAACGCCUUCUACUCAUCCAGCAAAAACCAAAUCGUGUUCCCUGCAGGUAUCCUCCAGCCGCCUUUCUUCAGCAAAGGCCAGGCCAAGUCUCUCAACUACGGCGGCAUCGGCAUGGUAAUCGGUCAUGAGAUCACACAUGGCUUUGAUGACAAUGGCCGCAACUAUGAUAAGGACGGUGACCUGAAGGACUGGUGGACACCAGACUCCACUCAGAGGUUCCUGGAGCUUUCAAAGUGCAUUGUCGAUCAGUACGGCAACUUCUCUUGGGACCUUGCCAACGGACUUAAUUUAAAUGGUAACAACACCCUCGGGGAGAACAUCGCUGACAAUGGAGGGAUACGUCAGGCGUAUCAGGCCUACAAGAACUAUGUGAAUGUGCACGGAGACGAGCCAACACUACCCGGCAUUGACCUUUCCCACGAUCAACUCUUCUUCUUAAACUUUGCUCAGGUGUGGUGUGGGACACACAGACCAGAACAGGCUGUUAAUUCCAUCAAAGUCGAUGUACACAGUCCAGGGAAAUUCAGGGUACUGGGCUCCCUUCAGAACUUCCCGGAAUUUUCCAAAGCAUUCAGCUGCAACAAGAGCAGCCAAAUGGUCCCUAACAACAUCUGCCGUGUGUGGUGAUCCACAGACCUCUGGGAUGGGCACUGUUCUCACAUGGGGUCUUCCCCAUCCGCCCGACAGUACCUCUCCCCUCUGACUGCUGGAGCACUCGUGUGUGGGGCUACAGGGAAGUGGCAGCUCCCCUGCUCUCUUUACUGGAUGGACCAGGGCUGGUGGACUGACACUGCAGAAUGCACUUCCUCCAAGGAGAGCAGCGGACUGAACCCUCACGGAGAACCGUCUCUCCGACUCCGAUACUGUAGUUCAUUCAAUCAGCCUAAUUACUCUGCUUCUCACUGGAUUCAUUCACUCCUUGUGUUUUUACUUUUCUCUCUCCAUUUUCAUCUGGUUUUACUUAUCAUUUUUGAGGUCUGACAAUGUGGAUAUGAGUGUGCGAGUGUGUGUGUGUGU